AUGAACAGUGGUCUAUCAAAUGGUCUAUUACAUUUAUAUGGUAUGGAACGUGAAAUUCUACUCACAGAUAAUGGCUUCAUUCAAAAUACAAACUGUCAAUACAUCAUUCGACUUCAUGGUGAGAGUCAGUCGCCUCAGUCAAUGGUGUAUCAAUCGAUUAUGCAAAGAAAUAUACUUCAUGAUAAUGAAAUAUGUGUGCGGAGAAGAAAUCAAUUUAUGAAUCCAUGGGAAUGUUAUGUGAUUGGUGUUUUUGGUACACAGAAUAUUACACUUCGAUAUAAUAGUUUUGAUAAUUGUAAGAUGAAUUCAAAAAUUAUUGAACCAUGUUAUGAAUUGAUUGCUGGUUUACAGUCAAUACAGAUUCCAAGCUUUUUCAAUGCUCAACACAAUUAUUGGGGUACUACGGAUGUGAUAGAGAUUCGUAAACGAAUAUUUGAUUUUGACCAGUGGAAUAGUUUAUCUUUAAUAAACUUUAAUGAAUUUCUUAUCUCAUCUGAUGUCGUGUUACAUCAGACGCCUUCAAAAGUGUUAUCAUCUGCACAAACAGUUGAUCUAAAGAAGAAAGAAUUGUUGGAAGGACGAAUAGAGAAGGAUUUAUUUAUUCCACUUCGUACACAACCAUAUAAAAUUAUGUCUGACAUAACUGUCAUGCCUGAUGUGACUCUUCGAAUUGAAGCCGGAGUAAGAUUAGAAUUUGCACCUCAUAUAGGCCUAUUAGUUCUUGGUCGAAUAGAAGCCCAUGGAACACCAAACAACCCAAUAAUCUUCACAAAUUUAAAUAGUGAACAAACUGAUGACAAUAAAUUCACUUCAGUUAAAAAAUCAAAAUAUGUAUCUGCGAAAUUCAGAAAACCCAACGUAGUGAAAAGUAAACAAGUAAUGGAUAAUGAUAUACCGUUAGGCAGGAUCACUUUGUCUACAGAAAAUAUUAGAUUAAUAGGUGGUAUACAACCAAACGAAGGUUUUGUCCAGUUCUUUAAUCAUACUACAAAACGUUGGUCUAUCGCUUGUGAUAAUCAAUUCUCUUCACGUGUAGCUCAGGUCAUUUGUUCAGAGUUCAAUAUGCCAACGCUGAAUCCAAUUGCACGUUUUUCAAAUCUAUUUGAUUAUUAUGUGUAUGGAUAUGAAAAUUCAUUAAAUAUGAAAUAUAUUUGGAUGGAAAGUUAUACAUGUAAUGGUUUUGAAGAUAAACUUGCCUACUGUUCUAAACGAUUAAAUUAUGAUGCUGUUAGGUGUUUAAAACGCAAAGAAUUUGUCUUUUUACGUUGUACAUCUCAAAGAAAUCAAACUGCAUGGAAAAAUAAACAAACUAUAAGCAGAACAACAGAUUUAUCUACACUAACCUGGGGUAAUAUUCGUAUUGUUCAAUCAACCUUUGAAGAGUAUAAUAAAGCAUGGAAUGAUAAUGGUGACUCAGCACGUUAUGAUAAACAAUCUAUACUAGAAUAUGUACAUAUAGAAAAUGCUGGACUGUUACAUGGUGAACGUGUUCCCGCGCUGAGUGUUGUUAAUGCUUAUCCAAAACUUUCAUUCAUUCGGAUAAACAAUUGUCUUGCCUCUGGUUUUGAAUUUAUUACACCCAAUGGUCCAAUAAAAGUUACUAACAGUACUGUAAAUGGUUGUCUUGGUUACGGGUUAGGCUUAACUAUGCUAAAUGGUGAUUCUACGGAUCCAGUUACAAUUGGUACAGAAGAUUCUAAAUCUUUCUACAAUAAUCCGUCAGUCUUACCACCGGAACAGAAUUCCUUGCUCCCAUUACCACAACCAUUAUCUGGAGAAUUAUUUCAUAAAAAGAUAGAAGAUUUAUCCCGUCAACCAUUAUUUGUAUAUCCAAUUCAAAGUGAAGAAGAACACAUGGCAGGUUUAAUUUCAAUGUGUUCAAGUGAGAAAGUCCUCUCUGUACUCGACAGGAUUCUUAUUCACUUUAAAUACUCAUCAUCAUCAUUGUCACCAUGGUCUCAUGGUAUACGCACAUGUACAAAAGUAUUUCGUUCAACAAUACCAGGACGUCGAUUGGCAUGGAGAUUCUUAGCUGUCAAUUUAUAUAAUGACCCAUUGAUCAAGAAUGUUAUACAACUAUACAAUGGAGUAAAUUUUAACAAGAAUCAAUUGAUUGCAGCAUUAACAUCAGAUAUAUUAGUCAAUGAAAAUAUGCCAGUUAGCAAAAGAUUUACAUUUAUUACAUCACCGAUUAGUGAUGAGCUUAGUGUCCAUGUACACGCUAGUUCAGCUAGUGAUAAAUAUGGAUUUAUUGCUGAAAUUGUUAGUCUACCAUUAUCAACUGGACGUAAACAGCACGAAAUGAAUAGAUUCAUCAGGCAUGAAAUAGAUACAUGUGAGUUUCUUAAUAAUCAAGGUGGUGGACUGCAGAUCACUAGCGUCGGUGAAUUUGGACCAGACAUACAUUUAUCAAAUUUACGACUAGAAGAUAAUGGUGUAGUUGUUUUAAACUUAACCGGCCCACCAGCUGUCAAAUUACAUUUGAUGAAUUCACGUAAUUUAGUUCUACAGAAUUCUUAUAUCGGCAGACACUCUGGAGAUGUUGUCUAUAUGGUUCUAUUAGCUAAUCAACUAGCCAAUGGUAUUCGAGCUAACCUGACAAAUAAUGUUUUCGUUCGUAAUCAACUGGGUGGUGUUCUACACGCAGAAGGUAAUCCUUUCAAUACACUACAAGUCUUACGUAAUUAUAUAGCGCAUAAUGACUGUGGUUAUCGAACUAUGCUACAUAUUAAUGGUUUGUUAACACAACCAUUUGCUAAUAACUUCCUAUAUGAUAAUCUUGCUGAUGUCCUACUGAUUUGUGAUGGUGUUGAAAAUUUAAAUCAAUAUUCAUUGUAUCAAAAAAAUGGUUUCUAUAAUAAUCAAGCUUUAAAUACUACAAAGCGUACAACAAUAUUUUGUAAAAAUUCUAAAAAUAUAUUUCGCUUUAAUUAUUUUCGAAAUAUACUUAAUGAUUAUGAACUUGUAACAGGAAAUCAAAGUAUAAUUAGUGUUAUGCCUAUACAACCAGGAUUACAAUGUCCAGAAUCGCCUUAUUCAUCUUGUCCCCAAGGAUGGAGAUUGAAGUUGGAAUAUGAUGCUUGUAUAUGCUAUAGACCAGAUAGAAUUGAUGCACAGUAUAACUGGUGGGGUGAUACAUCACCAUCAUCAACACCUUCACUGUCAUCUUCGCCGGAUAACAGUUUCCUAUCACUCCAAUAUACAGAAUCAAAGAAAGUAGAAAAUGAAGAAAAACUAGAUCAGAUCAUUUCACAAACUUAUGCACAAAGUCGAAUUUAUGAUCAACAUGAUGAUAUCUAUCUAAUAUCAGUUGAUUAUACGAAUUCAUUUCGAGAUAAUAGUUCUAUUCUUGGUAAGGGGAUUUAUUGUCCACCUAAUUGGGAUUUUCAUGAAUUCAAUUGUUUCUUUUACUUUGGAGCACCAAUGACAUAUCAAGAAGCUCAUGAUUUUUGUCUUUCUGAAGUUGGAGGAAUAUUAGCAACUUCACGAGAUCGCAUCGACUGGUUAAGCAAAAAGAUGGCGGAAUGGCAGCACAACUAUGACUGGAUAAAUCAGUAUACGUGGGUAACUCGUGCAUGGGUGUACAGUGAUGUUCAAUUCCCAGCGCAUUGUCCAGUUAUUCGAAAUGGAUGGCUAGAACCAUAUCCAUGCAAUAAGAAAGUUGGCUUCUUCUGUCAAAAAGGAACUGAAGUUUAUCCAACCCAACAUUCGAUUAUUUUUUAUCGUGAAAUGAAGAACUACCAGAAUUCUCUUUUCGUUUGGACUGCUUGA